CCAUAUGGACGCGUAGACGUUUGAUCCAGUGUGAAGAAUUUGUGAUAGAAGUGGAAUCGAAGAAAUAGGGUAUUAUCUUGCAUCUUUUUCAUUCGUUCGAUCAUUUGUGUGUUUAUAUAAAUUGUAAAAAUAUUUUUCCUUAGUACGAACUAUUAUUCAGACAAGUGAGUUAAUUAAAAACUUCAAUUUUUAGAAGCAAAUUUAUUGCGCAUUUGUGUACAAUUUUCUGGCUCUAAUAUAACAUUUUGUUUCUUAUAAAAAAUAUAAGAUGACUGAUACUGACAAUACUGUAAUGGAAAUGCCUGCCGAGGUAAAGUCCAGUUGGGCUGAUGAAGUCGAGGAGGAAGGAGGAGCAUUGCCACCACCUUCGGAGGUCCAGGAAAAUGGAUUUAAAAUUCUCACUGAAUACAAGUACAAUCAAGAUAAUAAAAAAGUCAAAGUUGUGCGUACUUACAAAACAGAACGACGCAUAGUAUCGAAAACUAUUGCUGCGCGGAAAAAUUGGGCAAAAUUUGGCGAUUCCGCCGACGAUAGGCCAGGACCCAAUCCAGCUACUACUGUAAUUGGUGAAGAUGUCUUCAUGCAGUUUAUAUCUAGCAAAGAGGAGGAGAACAAGGUAGAGGAAGAUUCUUUAGAUAAAUUGAAGAGCAUGGGCGACAAAGGUGUCGUCAAAUGCCGUAACUGUAACGGUGACCACUGGACGUCUAAAUGUCCUUACAAAGAUACUGUUCUCGCUGGUGGAAAAGUUCCAGACGAUAAGAAACCUCUUGUCAACACGGGAGUACCAGGUGCGAUGGCGGAACUCAAACCGCAAGGUGGCAAGUAUGUGCCACCUGGUAUGCGCGAUGGCGGCAACAAACGUGGUGAUUCGAUGCAGAUGCAGAGGCGUGACGACACUACCGCGAUCAGGAUAUCAAAUCUCUCGCAAAGCACCACCGAUGCCGAUUUAGACGAGCUUGUCAAGCCUUUCGGCUCCGUGGUGAAGCAGUUCUUGGCCAAGGAGAAGUUGUCGAAUCUCUGCAAAGGUUUUGCAUACGUUCACUUCAAGCAUAGAGCUGAUGCCGCGAGAGCGAUUGCCACCUUGGAUGGUUACGGUUACGAUCAUCUUAUUCUGAGUGUGGAAUGGUCAAAACCGCAAGCCCAAAAUAAUUAAAGCGACGCCAAGUGUUGUAAGAUAUGGACAAGAGUUAGUGGAGCAAACUUUAGUCCGAUCGCGGGGAAUCCUUAUGAAAAUAAAAACUGUACGAUAUCAGAAGUAGAAAGGUAAUAGCGCGGUCUGCAUUUGUUCACUUGACAUUAAAUAUGGAAGUUGAACUCUCUCAGUCAAAAAUUUAUAUUUUACGUGAUUGCGUGGUAUGUAUAAAUAUUUUUGUGUUUAUAACAACGUUAACAUGAUGGCAUCAACAUGAGAAUUGGACUGCUAUGUUUAUUAUUAAAUAUCCGGGAUAAAUGCAGACUGAAUUUUUUUAUAUCUUUCACUUUACAAUUUAUGCUUAAAUAAACAUAUUGACAGUAAACAGGGGAGCUUAUUUAUUCUUCGUUAUUAUAACAUAAUCUAUCAUAAAACGAGACACCAUCUUUUUACUUCUGAUAUUGCGAUGUACUGUAAAAAAAAUUUAUCUUUAUUCAAAGCUGCUCUGUUUACUUCUCCUGUGAAAAAAUUUAUAAUAAAUUACCAUUCUGUAAU